CGCCGCGCGUGCGCACACGGUGUAGAUUGUGGCGCGGGGUCGGUGGUUCUGUUUUUACGCGCGAGCGGGCUCGAUUGUUUCGAAAGAGAAAAUCACAUAUAAUUCAAAAUAAACGGCGAGCGGCAGCAGCCUUCAUUCCGCAUGGUGAGAAUGGCUGAUAAAGAGGUUUAUGACGACGCAGUGGAAGAGCGUGUGAUCAAUGAAGAAUAUAAAAUAUGGAAAAAGAAUACUCCAUUUUUGUAUGACUUGGUUAUGACUCAUGCAUUAGAAUGGCCCAGUCUUACUGUACAAUGGCUACCUGAUGUAACCAGGCCUGAAGGAAAAGAUUACAGCGUUCACCGUUUAGUGUUAGGAACACAUACAUCCGACGAACAGAAUCAUUUGGUUAUUGCAAGUGUCCAGAUCCCCAACGAUGAUGCUCAGUUUGAUGCUUCUCACUAUGAUAGUGAGAAGGGAGAAUUUGGAGGAUUUGGGUCUGUAAGUGGCAAAAUAGAAAUUGAAAUUAAGAUCAAUCAUGAGGGUGAAGUGAAUAGGGCACGUUAUAUGCCACAGAAUCCAUGUAUUAUUGCCACCAAAACGCCAACCUCUGAUGUGCUUGUCUUUGAUUAUACCAAACAUCCAUCGAAACCGGAUCCAAGUGGCGAGUGUAUUCCUGAUCUGCGGCUACGUGGCCAUCAAAAAGAAGGAUAUGGCCUCUCCUGGAACCCUAAUCUGAGUGGACAUCUUCUUAGUGCUUCUGAUGAUCAUACUAUCUGUCUUUGGGACAUUAGUGCAGGUCCAAAAGAAGGAAAGAUAGUUGAUGCUAAAACAAUCUUUACAGGUCACACUGCAGUUGUAGAAGAUGUGUCCUGGCACUUAUUACAUGAAUCUUUGUUUGGAUCAGUGGCUGAUGACCAGAAACUCAUGAUUUGGGAUACCAGGUCAAAUAAUACUUCAAAGCCUAGCCAUUCUGUGGAUGCACACACAGCCGAAGUCAACUGCUUGUCUUUCAAUCCAUACAGUGAAUUUAUCCUAGCAACUGGCUCUGCUGACAAGACGGUGGCAUUGUGGGACCUUCGGAAUCUAAAAUUAAAGCUUCAUUCUUUUGAGUCUCACAAGGAUGAAAUCUUCCAGGUCCAAUGGUCUCCACAUAAUGAAACUAUCCUGGCUUCCAGUGGUACAGAUCGUCGCCUCAAUGUUUGGGAUUUAAGCAAAAUUGGCGAGGAACAAUCAGCAGAAGAUGCAGAAGAUGGACCUCCAGAACUACUGUUUAUUCAUGGAGGGCACACUGCAAAGAUCUCUGAUUUCUCCUGGAAUCCAAACGAACCAUGGGUAAUCUGUUCUGUUUCGGAAGAUAAUAUUAUGCAAGUUUGGCAGAUGGCUGAGAAUAUUUACAAUGAUGAAGAGCCUGAUACACCGGCCUCUGAACUAGAGAGUCAAGGAUCAUAAGCCUCAUUAUCACCACCUGCAUUUAAGAGGUCUGAAAAAAAUCUAGACUGAUAAUCUUAACACAACAAUUUUCCAAGUGGUCCUUUCCAGUCGAAUGUUGGGGCUUGUGUAUAUAUAAAGCACUUACGGAAAUUCUGACGUGCAAUUCCUGUAAUUUCCAGAGAGUGUCGUACAGAAAUUUUGGAAGUGUUUUGAGAAUGCACAGCCUGAUUUAUGCAGUAGUGUGUGAUUGUAUUUCUUAGCAUGUAUAAAAGCUUAUUGAUAGCUGCCAGAAAUCUAAAGCACAAAUUGUGUAUACUUAUGUUUUGCCAUAAUACAGCUUGACCCUGAAAUGUGAUUAGCAGCAGGGGCAUUGAUUUGGAGCAUACACGACAAUUGAUUCCAAUGGAAAUGUGUUAAAUUUGAAGUCUCGACAAGGAAUUUUUUACCUUAAACUUAAGGACAGGAAAGACAUUGAUUAUCUAAAGUGCAUGUUGCAGCACUUGGAAUUCUUUGGCUUGUAUUUGUCCAGCCCUCUUGACCCACAACACGUGCAUAGUGGUGGUUCAAAUGCCAUUAACUUUCCAGCAUUUGUUGCUGCAGCACAUCCAUGUCCAUAAAUUUUAAAUAAUUGCAGCAAAUGUUGUAUUAUCAUUGAGAACAAAAUAUUUACUUGUUUUUCAGUGUAAUUCAGCAAAUGGUGAAGAAAUGCUACUGCAGUCCUCUGAGGGAUAAGAACUAACGUAUGUGGUGUAGGUUUCUUAGCGUUUGAGGCUCUUGUGUGUAUGAGUGUAUGCAUUUAUAAAUUUCUAUAGAAA